UCUCCUGACCUCGAGAUCCACCCACCUCAGCCACCCAAAGUGCUGGGAUUACAGGUGUGAGCCACUGCACCCGGCCCCUUACUGUCUCUUAUUUCUUCCUGUCCUUAUGCUCUCUGCCUUAAAUGGGGUCCUCAGGACCAUCCAUCAGUGUCUUCAUAGAGAAUGGAAUUUGCACCUUCUCUGUGGGUUAAUGCGUUGCUUCUACACAGUUCAUGCAUAUUCUAUGAAAGCAAUAACCAACCAUUAACACAUUACUACAGUGUUUACCAAUGGCAUUCAGUAAGAGUUUGGACAUGAUGGACAAGGACAGACUCAUAAGGGACUUAUUUCAAGAGGGUACUUUGUCAGGUCAGGCCAAGGGUCCCUGAGGGCAGUGGGGUGAAAGGCAGCAGCCAAAAUGAUGUUUGACAUUUUCUCAUUUUCCGUUCACAAUUUUCAAAUAGACCUAUGUUGUCACAGGAAUUUGUAAAACAUCUGAAAAUUAAAUUUUAACACACGUAUAGAAAGCAGGGAAAACACGAAUGUACAGCUCAGUGAUUCCUCACAAAAUGAGCACCCAUGCAUCCCUAGUCAGGUCAGUAUUCCAGACCCACUAGCCACCUUUGGGUCCCUUCUGAAGGUGACUGCUGUGACUUCUAAUGCCCUGUUUAGACUUCUCCAGGUUUGGAUAAUUAUGCAUAGAAGAAGUCAGUAUGUAUUGCUUGGUGUCUGGCUUCUUUGCUCACGUUGUUUUAGAGAUUCAGUCAUGUAGUUAAGCAUAACCAUAGCCCUUUUCGUUUCCUCACAGUAUAGUAUUCCACUGCGGUCACAUGUUGUAAUUUAUCCAUUACUAUUGAUGGACAUGAGAAUUUUUUAAUAAUUUUGGCUAUCACAAAUAAUGCUGCUUUGAGCAUUUUUUCAGUGUUUUUAAAUAAUGCAGGCACCCAUUUCUGUUGAGAAGAUUGUGAGAAGGGUGCAUGUCUUUUAUUUUCAUUAAUAACGCCAAACUUUUUCCUAAAUGGUUACAUUAAAUUAUGCUCCUUUAACAGCCUACGAAAGUAGCCGUUUCUCCAAAUCCUUGUCAAGUUUUAGUUUUAUCUCUCAUUAAGAGUUGAAUUACUCUGGUUAGUCUUUCAUUUGAAUAGCCUUUUAUUUUUAAAAUGUAACAAAAGAAACUUCAUCUUAUUCUAAUUAUGUUAAGCACACCAUCAGGCUAUCUUGAACAGAUAAAUGGUGGUAGCUUAUUUUUUCCUGAGCAAUGCACACAUUUUCCAUUUACAAACAUUAAUAUGACCGGGCACAGUGGCUGAUGCCUGUAAUCCCAGCACUUUGGGAGGCUGAUGCAGGCAGAUCACUUGAGGCCAGGAGUUUGAGACCAGCCUGGUCAACAUGGCAAAACCCCAUCUGUAUGAAAAAUAUAAAAAUUAGGUCCAAUAUGGCGGCACCCAGUGGCAGUGUGAACUGUAAGGAGUUCGCACACUUCCAGGAAUUACUCAAGGUGAUGAGGCCUAUCGAUGACAGAAUAGUACAUGAAUUAAACACUACAGUUCCAGCAGCUUCCUUUGCAGGGAAAAUUGAUGCCAGCCAAACCUGUAAACAACUUUAUGAGUCUUUGAUGGGAGCUCAUGCCAGUAGAGACAGAGUCAAAAAAAAUUGUAUAGCCCAGACUUCGGCAGUAGUAAAAAACCUCCGAGAAGAGAGAGAAAAGAAUUUGGAUGAUUUAACGUUAUUAAAGCAACUUAGAAAAGAGCAGACAAAGUUGAAAUGGAUGCAGUCAGAACUGAACGUUGAAGAAGUGGUAAAUGACAGGAGCUGGAGGGUGUUUAAUGAACGCUGCUGAAUUCACUUCAAGCCUCCAAAGAAUGAAUAAAGAAAGAUUCUUUUUUUUUUUUUUUUUUUUUUUUUAAGGACUGGGUCAUCUCGUAAGAGCUAAGCAUGACAGAUAUCAACAGGGCGGGCUUUCUAGGAUGAUUUCUCAGCCAACAGUCCAAGACCUUUUGUUGAUUUCAGCCCCACUUAGCCAAGACCUCAAGUAUAAAUUCUGAUAAUUAUGGAGAAAUCAACUAUUUUAUACUGAUUCUGUAAAAAAAAAAAAAGUUUUGUAAGUAUUAAAAUAAUUUUCUGAAAAAAAAAAAGAAAAAUAUAAAAAUUUGCUGGAUGUGGGGGCACAUGCCUGUGGUUCCAGCUACCAGGGGGCUGAGGCAUGAGAAUUCUUGAACCCAGGAAGCGGAGGUUGCAGUGAGCCGAGAUCAUGCCACUGCACUCCAGUCUGGGUGACAGAGCAAGAUUCUGUCUCUUUAAAAAAAAUUAAUAUAUAAAUCAUUUUGAAUUGUAAUCUUUCUGUAAUGCUUCCUUUUAACAUUUACAAACAGAGGAAACUAAACUAUUGAAAUUUUGUGAAGUAGUAAAAUUAUGAUUUCAGCUGUGCCCCUUAUCCUGCAAUACUCAUUUAUCAGUGCCUUUAGGACUCAUGUCACAUGGAUUAAACUCAGAGUGAAACACAAAGCCAAAAUUAUGGCCAGGGGGUUGUUGACUCACAUGACCUCUUCAGGAGGCAGUUUGGUUCUGCCAAGGUGAAAGACAGUGUAACUUUCUAGCCAUCCUACUUCCAGGAAUGCUUCAGAUACAAUCAUGCCUGAGUGCCAGGAGCGAUGCAGAAAAAGCUGUUCACUGCAGCAUGGUUUCAAUAGCAAGAUUACUUUAUAGCUCUUAAAUAAUGAAGUGGAUUUACAUUUGAAAUGCAGAAUGGUAGCUAAGGUGCAUUGACCGGUGAUAUAUGCAGAGCUACAGAAGACUUUGUAUAAAUAUAAUCAUGCAGAAGCAUGUGUUCCUGGUGCUUGUUUGUAUUUGCAGAUACAGUGCAGGGAUGAUAUGCAAACAAAAAUGCUGACUUGGUGUUUGGGAGUUCAGAGUAGAAGGGAAACUUCCUUUCAAACCCUUUCAGAUAUUUAGAAUAAUUUCUAAACAUAAAUAUGUAAUGCAUUUAGAAAUCUAAGUUAAUAAGAAAAGCUUACAGUUCCUUUUCUUUUCCUGGGCACAUGUCUGGUGGACAUGGGGCUGCCAUAGUAAGUAAUGUGUGCAAACUGAGAAAAAUUCAAGAAUGGGAGUCUGCUUUUUUCAUCAAAUAAUUAUUAAGAGAAGUAGUGUGGUGGUUAUUGCUCAUUGAUAUAUUACAAAUAUGUACUAGGUAAUAAUUUCUGACAUUUGAACUGUAUUUACACAUGUUGAAUUGAAAUACCUAGAUAAAAAUUGAAAUACAUAGAUAAAAUAUUGUGACUAAUAUAGGCAAACAAUUGCUUUUUUGGCAUUUUACAAACUGCUCAUCGUUCCUUAUGGCACAGGUUCAUGUGAUAUCAAGUAGCUUGCUUUGUUUGGGAAAGGCAAUGAUGACUGCAAGAAUCACUUCAAAAACUAAAGCGCAAUGGAGAUUUCAAUUGUGUUCUGUUUAAUAUUUAAAUAUUUAAUUGCAUUCCCAGGUUAUUUCUCAUCCUAAUAUUUCUCACCCACAUCAUGUGGGUCCCAUUAGUACAGGUAUCUCCGAAUGCUCCACUCUUCCAUUACAUUGAGUCAAUUGCUCAUUACCUUGGGCCUCCAACUGGGGCUAUUUUCCUGCUAUCCGUCUCCUGGUCUAUAGUAAAAGAGCCAAUGAGCAGAUAAGUGAAUACUGAAAAACAUUUUCCCUGCUGGAGUGAGAAAUAAAUGGUUUCUUUCAAUAGGGUAGUAAAAUGCAUCUUUCCCAACGUAUUUAUAUGACUCAAAGCCCAGUUGUGGUUAGCCUUAAUUCCUGAUUGUCAUCAAUGUGUGUAAAUAUGUAGCACAUACAUAUUCUAGUCUAUAUU